GAGAGAGGAAGGAGAGAGAGAGAUAGAAAGAGAGAGAGAGGAAGGACAGAGAGGAAGGAGAGAGAGUGAGGGCGCACCGGGGAAGUAUAUUCACCGAGUGGCAGACUGAAAGGACAGUUACUGAAAGAGCGCUCACAAACAGGGACUUAACACCAGCUGACCAGCAGGAUUUCACUCUGUAGGAAAUGACUGAAUAAGAGCUGUAGAGCCAUUACUCAAGAAGAUACUUGUGUGACAUCAGAGGAACAUAAGGUGGGAAAAGCAGAACAAUUAGGAGGCUUCGUAUCUCAACAGGAUGACAUCCAGGUACAACUGCUCCUUCACUGACAGCUGGGACUGCCCACAGGAGGGGAUGUGUGGCAACCUGACCUCUGACCUGAACGGCAGCGGGGGACUGGUCGAUGCAUGCCUGACACAGGAGGAGUACCUAGAGAAGUACCUGGGUCCUCUGCGCUCCUCUGUCUUCCUCCCCGUCUGCCUCACCUACCUGCUCAUCUUCCUGGUGGGCGCGUUUGGCAACUUGCUAACCUGCAUCGUCAUCGCUCGCAACAAGGUUAUGCGCACGCCCACCAACUACUACCUGUUCAGCCUCGCCAUGUCUGACCUGCUGGUGCUGCUGCUGGGCAUGCCACUGGAGCUCUACGAGAUGUGGCAGAACUACCCAUUCCUCCUGGGCAAGGGCGGCUGCUACUUUAAGACUUUCCUGUUCGAGACGGUCUGCUUCGCCUCCAUCCUCAAUGUGACGGCGCUCAGCGUGGAACGCUACAUCGCUGUGGUGCACCCCCUGCGCGCCAAGUAUGUGGUGACACACACACAUGCCAAACGGGUCAUUAUGACCGUGUGGGGGAUCUCAGUGCUAUGUGCCGUGCCCAACACCAGCCUCCACGGCAUCUUUACCCUGCAGUCGGCAGCAGGAGGCACCACCAGGAAGGAAAUCCCAGAGUCAGCCAUCUGUACGCUGGUCAAGCCCCGCUGGAUGUACAACUUGACCAUCCAAGUGACCACCCUGCUUUUCUUCAUGCUUCCAAUGCUGACCAUCAGCGCUCUCUACCUACUCAUCGGCCUGCAGCUCAAACGUGAGAAGAUGCUCCAGGUGAUGGAGGCUGAGACAAGCUUAGGGCGCAACAGCUACUGCAACGUCCGCAGUCAGCAGCAGAAAGCCCGGCGACGCCAGGUCACCAAGAUGCUGUUUGUUCUGGUGGUGGUUUUUGGAAUCUGUUGGGCUCCAUUCCACACCGACAGACUCAUGUGGAGCUUCAUCGACGAGUGGACCAGCAUCCAGCUGGAGGUGUACAAGUACGUCCACAUCGUCUCUGGCGUCUUCUUCUACCUCAGCUCGGCCGUCAACCCGAUCCUCUACAACCUCAUGUCCACCCGCUUCCGAGAGAUGUUCAAGGAAGUGAUGUGUCAUCGGCCACGGCACCCGGUGCCCAGGAAGCAGUCACUCAGUGUUACCCGGGUAACACUCCGCAGCAUUCUCAGUGAGGCCACGCCCAUUAAUGGCAUUGCUGGCCUACACGAAGAAAAGGAGCAUGAGACCACCUUUCCUUGAAAGGACUUCCUAGGAGAGGAGGGAGCUUAAUACAUUAAUCUGAUCAGAGGAUGAUGGUUCUGGGAUGAUUGAGAUGUUAUAAGGGAUUUUAAGGAUCUAAGGAUGUGCUUAUCCAAUCUAUGUUAUUGCUUUGGUCACCAAACCAGAGUAGAAUUCUCCUGUCACUAAACUCCCUAAACACAAGAAAACAAAACAAAUUCAAACCUGAUGCUUUGACGUAUUAUUUGAGCAAUUCUAUGUAUAAAAAAAAAUAGAAACAUAUCUCAGGAGGUACAGACAAAUCGAUAAUUCUCAUCUAGAAGACCUGGCAGAUUCUGCAUCACUGCUUUUGCACUCCUGUUUAGCAGUUCAUGUUCAACAGCACAAACUUUUGAACAUCCAGUCUCAAGAGAUGACUAAAAGCUGAUUUUCCUUACAGCUCAGAUUGAAAACAGGCAGAGGUGCCCUGUCAAAGCUCCUCCAAAGAUGAUGUCCAACGUGUGUAUAUAGUUCUCAAAUCACUGAGUGGUUUAACAAUGGUGCAAAGGAUUUGCAGUACGUACUAAAUAGAACUUGAGAUGAGCAGCUUCAAAUCAAAUGUCAUUUGUCGCAUGCGUCUAAUACAACAGGUGUAGACCUUAAAGUGAAAUGUAACAUCUACAACUGCUUUCUGAGCAUAAUAAUACUUAUCUGGGUAUUAAAAAAGUUAACCUGUACUGAAGCACAGUAAAAAAAAAUGUUAUAGAUGUAGUUGCACCAUCAACUGCAUAUUUUCAGAAGCGUAUGUCAAUGCAUGGGUUGGAUAUUGCUAAUGAACUUGGCGCCUCCCUUCAAGAGAGUUUGUCACAUUAUUAACAGAGGAAUCCUGCUGCAGAUUGGCAUUUUGAAAAAGUAGCUUCUAAAUUCCCAGACACUGUAUGUCUCCAUCAACAAUCUGGUGAAUGAUCUCUGAUGAUCUGUUUCACUAAUGUAAAAUGUACAAUCAUGAGCGUCACUAUGUACAAAAACAAUGUAUAGAUUCACAGUUUGUAAACACAUAUUUAACAAGUCGAUGUAUUCAUAAAAAAUGUAAAAACACCAGGAACAUUUUAAUCUGAAUCUCUAAUCAAGGACUGAUUUAGACCUGGGACACCAGGUGGGUGCAAUUAAUUAUUAGUAAGUAAGAGUAUAUACAGUGAGGGGAAAAAAGUAUUUGAUCCCCUGCUGAUUUUGUACAUUUGCCCACUGACAA